AUCCCGCCAUCAUUCUUCGCCAAGCAUUGUUAGGACUUCCAGCGGCUGCGGAGUCUCUCCCCCUGAGCAUCUCCGCUCUUGUUUGGAGGCGACAGCUUCUCGACCCGACGGCUCUGCUCAAUGGCUCGACGUGCUACCAUCUGAACGAAUCACGAACAAAAGAGGCCAUCAUCGAUCCCGGCAUGUAUCACCGACCUCCUCCGGGCCUGCAUAGGCGCCCAAUCUUCGAGCCGCAGUGCACCCACGCCACCAUGACGAGAAUCUACAGCUCGAGCCUCCUCUGCUCCCACUGUCACUAUCCUGGGCCUUCUGGGUGGCUGUACCAGUGCACGCAGGAUAGGGAAGACUUGAUCGAACACGCCGUGGCGAGAGGAGAGUUUAUUAGCAUGGAUCAGGUCGGCUGCCAGUUGGCGCCGUUGACGGGCAUUCGGAAAGGGAGCGCCGCUGCUCGUGAGGACCGACUCAGCUUCCUCUCAGAGAUCAACCAGGAGCAGCUCGCUCAGUACAGGCCAGACCAGGUCGCUCACAUACUCAGACAGCGUGAGAAUGUCCAGCUCAUCAUCCAGCAAGACAAAGUUCGCAAGAACAGCGCCGCCAUCCUCAGUCGCCUCGCCCAGCCUUAUGGAAUAGACAGCGCUUCGUGCAGCAUUGGGCUGCAGAAGCCGUGGUUAUGCACACCACAGGAAGAAUGUCAGUAUCGUGUGUGCCAAACCUGUCGACCCGGCUGUGCACACCGCGCCUUUCUCAGUCUCAACGCCGUUGCCAAUGGCGAAGUGCCCCCGACCGCAGCAGCAGGCUACAGCUUUCAUCUGCUUGGCCAGCGGCCUGUUGUAGACGCCAACGUUGUCAAGAACUUAGGCUGCCGUCCGGUGCCCCUGGUAAGUAGCUUGGCCGAUGAUUCAACGUAUCACAGGAGCAAAACUAAGCGCCGUAUACCGUGGUGACAGCCUCAGCCGUCUCCCACCAGCUCGGCUCACGACUCGC